AGUCACAGCCAGGUAACCCUGGAGUGAAGCUGUUUAGUUAGAAGGGGGCAGUUAAACUCAUCACUCUAGUGAUUUUAACCUUCACCCUGAGGCACCUCAGCAACCAGCCAUUGCCUGGAAGCCUGUAAAGCUUGUGCUUACCACAAAUGGAGCCCAAAGAAGCCACUGGGAAAGAAAACAUGGGCUCCAAGAGAAAGAAUCUGACCUUCUUGAGGCCCAGACUCUAUAUGUUGGAGAGAAGGAAAACUGACACUGUGGUUGAGAACAAUGUUUCUGGGGACCAGUCUGGCACCUUGAGGAGGAGCCAGUCUGACAGGACGGAGUACAACCAGAAAUUACAAGAAAAGAUGACGCCACAAGCAGGGUGUUCUGCAGCUGAGGCCUUAACCCAGGAAGAAGAGCGUCAGAUGAAGAGAAUGAUGGCAAAGCGAUCAAAAAUCAUUAAGGAGCUGAUACAAACAGAGAAAGACUAUCUCAAUGACCUACAGCUGUGCCUGAAGGAAGUGGUUCAGCCUCUGAGAAAUAAACAGAUUGAUAGGCUGGACGUGGAUGGCUUGUUUAGCAACAUUGAAUCCGUGCAUCAGAUAUCAGCCAAGCUGCUAUCAUUGUUGGAAGAGGCCACAACAGACGUGGAACCCACCAUGCAAGUAAUCGGAGAAGUAUUCUUGCAGAUUAAAGGUCCGCUGGAAGAUAUUUAUAAAAUCUACUGUUAUCAUCAUGAUGAAGCGCACAGUGUACUGGAGUCCUAUGAAAAGGAAGAAGAGCUGAAGCAGCAUUUGAGCCACUGUAUCCAGUCCUUAAAGAAAAUAUACGUGGAAGAAGGCAAACCAAACUUACUGGACAUGGGCUCUUUGAUGAUCAAACCAAUUCAGCGUGUGAUGAAAUACCCCUUAUUACUGUGUGAACUUCGGAAUUCUACCCCUCCUUCUCAUCCAGAUUACAGAGCAUUGGAGGAUGCAUUUGCUGCUGUGAAAGACAUAAAUGUAAAUAUCAAUGAACUUAAAAGGAGGAAAGAUUUAGUUCUAAAAUAUAAGAAGAAUGAUGAGGAUGAAUCACUUAAAGACAAACUGUCUAAACUAAAUAUUCAUUCAAUUAGCAAGAAAUCAAAAAGAGUGACAAAUCAUCUAAAGAUUCUGACCAGAGGAGAAUCACAGGUGAAAGACAAUACCUUUAACAGAGAAGAGAAACUAUUUAGAUGUUUAGAAAAGACUGUGAAGCAUUGUGUGAAGAAUAUUUCAUUCUGUCUUCAACACAUACAGGAUGCCAUGCCCUUGACUCUGCAGAGUGUAACAGAGCUCCAGGAGAUUUCAUGCAAUAAAGACGAGGAAGGGAAUGGCUAUUCAGAGAGCCCAAGUAAUGCUCAAAAUCCCUGUGAUGACUUUGCAGCUCACUUACAGAGGCUCGUCCUCAUGCCCCUGUCAGCCCUACUGGCCUUAUUCCCAGGGCCUCAGAAACUGAUCCAGAAACGCUAUGACAAACUGCUGGAUUACAACAGCUACCUGCAGCGGUCCACAGGAGAUGAAUCAGACUUGGCCAAAAAGGAGUAUGAGGCCCUUAAUGCCCAGCUUGUGGAGGAACUCAAGGUUUUCAACCAGGCUGCUCGGAAGAUUCUGUUGAACUGUCUGCGCAGUUUCAUCACCCUCUUCAGGGACCUGAUGCUCAAGGCGCAACGGGUUUACUCCAUAGUAAUGCCGGUGCCACUGUUUGCCUCAAGCAUCUCUGAGAUUCAGAAUCGAGUACUAGAAGAGUUUCAAAAUCUGAAUUUUGUAAGGGAUGGUUGUUCCACUUUUAUUGAGAGGAAGCUAAGUUUUGAAAAGAAGAAACCUGUACAAAUUCUGCCAGAAAUGCCACGUCAAACUGACACUCACCGCUCCAAACUUCUAUCUACAUACAGUGCAGAGGACCUAUACCAAGCUAAGCGCAAAUGUAAUGCUACACAGGAAUAUGACAUCAAUCUUCUGGAAGGAGAGUUGGUGGCUGUGAUGGAACAGAAAGAUCCAUUGGGGAGUACAUGCAGGUGGCUUGUUGACACAGGAAUUGUAAAAGGAUAUGUGUAUUCUUCCUUCCUAAAGCCCUACAAUCCAGCAAAAGUGCAGAAAGUGGAUGCUGAAAACAGGUUCUGUGAUGAUGACUUUGAUAACAUCAGCCUCUUUGUGUCUUCACGGCCAGCAAGUGACAGUGUCACAGGCACCCCAGAAGGCAGCAUAAGUGAUAGUAGCUCAUCUCUUAGUGGGACAUGUGGAAAGCUUGAAGUAAAUGGCACUGACAAUGACAGUUUUCAAGAGGUAGAUGAACAGAUUUUCUAUGCUGUUCAUGCCUUUCAAGCACGGAGUGACCAUGAACUCAGCCUUCAGGAAUACCAAAGAGUCCAUAUACUUAGAUUUUGUGACCUGAGUGGAAAUAAAGAGUGGUGGUUAGCUGAAGCUCAAGGACAGAAAGGAUACGUGCCUGCUAAGUACCUUGGGAAGAUGACUUAUGCUUAAGAAAAUAAGCCUUUGACUUUUAUUUUCUGACAAGCUGAUGACUGACUACCUCGUAAAACUGACAUUACAACAAAAAUUGGCCCAGGAAGCAAGAAACCUCAAAGCUACAUGAAUUGAUACUAUAUCAGGUUUUAAGGAAGAUGGUGUUUCCUAAUAAGAUUAUUUCAUGAAUGUAUUAAGAAUACAUGUUGAAGGAAAAUCUAAAUCAGGAGAAAGAGCAACAAAGUCCAAGCUCCAAACCACAAUUACUUAAAAGUGGAUAUCUUUUGAAAGACUACAUGUGACCUUUUAUCAUCAUGAAAGUUUGUUUCUAAGGAUAAGGUUUUUUAAUUUACUGUAUGGUAUUAUUUUACCUCAAAUAUUUUAUUCUUUUUCUCUCUCAUGUAUAUACACAUAUACACAUUAUAUGGACUAUCUAUCUAUAUAAUGAUAUAUAUACAUUAUACAUAGAUGUGUAUAAACCAGGGAGGAUACUAAAUACACAUGAGAAUAGAAU